AUGGGCAAGAAGCGGCACGGCCACCCCGACGUCGAGGAUGUUCUGGGUCGCCCAUGGUGCUACUACUGCGAGCGAGACUUUGAAGAUCUGAAGCUCCUCAUCUCCCACCAGAAAGCGAAGCAUUUCAAAUGCGAUCGAUGCGGCAGACGUCUCAACACGGCGGGAGGUCUCUCUGUGCAUCUUAACCAGGUACACAAGGAAACCCUCCACCAGGUCGAAAAUGCCCUCCCGAACCGCCAGGGACUCGACGUGGAGAUUUUCGGCAUGGAGGGCAUCCCCCAGGACAUACUCGAUCAGCACCGCAACCGCAUCAUCCAAAACUUUUACCAGGCGCAGGAGGACCGCCGAAUCGCCACGGGAAACCCGCUGCCCGGCCAGGCUGGGCAGAACACAAGAAAGAAGAUCAAGAUGGAGACCAAGGAGGAGUUGCUGACGAGGCUGAGGGAAUGGCGUGCCAUGAAAAAUACGGACAGAGAGGCAGCUGCCACGGGUGUCGAAGACGGCGCUGCCCCCGGCUCUGCUGCUCAGACACAAUCCCAGCCACAGCAAGGAUUCGAGCAGCCAGGCUAUCCCGGGCAGCUCCAGCACGGCCAGCCUCCCUACGCAUACCCAGCCACCGCGCUGCCUUCGCGGGUUCCAGGGGCCCUGGGACCUCCGCCUGGCCUGCCACAGCGGCCAUCUGAAGGUUUGACCGGUUCACAAGUCUCCGCUGCGGCAGGAGACGAUAUUGACAAGAUGAUUCGCAUGGCAGAGGCGGGCGUCAAGACGGCACAGAAGCCUGAGGAGGCUGCGGAGGGGGAUAAGAAGUCCAAGAAGGAGAAGAAGGGCCGGCUAGUGUACGACGACGCAGACAUCAGUCCCGAGGAGAAGAUGGCGGCGAUGCCGCGCUAUGCCUUUACCCCAGAGGCUGCCGCCGCUUGA